AUGAAAAUUAUCGCAACCACAAGGAACACGUCCAGAGCGUCCACUUCCAAUGCUACUCAUCCGAUCGAGUGGAGCUUAGAGAGUUUCUUACAGCAUCACCCAUCCAAAUUCAACGGAAAGUGCCUUCCUGACGAGGCAGAUCAAUGGCUGCGCGACAUGGAAAGAAUCUACAAUGCCAAAAGGUGUUCGGACGACAAUCGUUUGGCAUUCACUGAGUAUCUGCUGACUAGGGAAGCCAGUCAUUGGUGGACAAGUAUGAAGGCGAUAUUAGCGGAUGCUCAAAGUGCCAUUUCAUGGGAAGUAUUCAGAAGUAUGUUUUAUGAAGAAUACUUCCCAGAUAGCAUUCGUUUUGCCAAAGAAGUAGAGUUUCUACAGUUGGUUCAAGGUGGAAUGUCCGUGUCGGAAUACACCAACAAAUUCAAACACUUGGUGAGAUUUAACACUAUGGCGACCAGUGAAGAAUGGCAGUGUAGGAAGUUUGAAAAUGGACUGAGGACUGAUUUGAAGCUACUGAUAUCCAGCCUAUGUAUUAGGUCAUUUCCUGCCAUGGUUGAGAGAGCUAAGGUAUUGGAGAAGAAUGUGGCAAAGGUGGAACAACAGAAGAAGCAACAACAACAAGCAGUAAGAGGACCCAUAUCUUCAAGGAACAAUGUUAAUCGAAGGGGAACGUCGUACGCUCGUCCAACAUUGCCUUCAAAUGCUGUGUGGGGACCCCACUAUCGGUCGUUGUGUCCUCAACUGAUGGGAGAAAAAUAUUGCACUAGCAUUAGGAGAAGCGGGCAUGUGGAGAACGAGUGCAACAGGGGAGGACGAGCAGUGUUGAGGCCACCAAAUGCUGGAAGAGGUCAACAAGGAAGAGGUGGCCGAGCACAAGCGGUUGGACGAGUGUAUUCUAUAACGGGCGCUGAAGCAGCAAGCUCAGGGGCAACACACUCCUUCAUCUCGAAGAAGUGCGUUGAGAAACUAGGGUUAGCUGAGAGUUUAGAAGUAAUUAUAGGAAAGGAUUGGUUGGCUGCCAAUCGCAUUCUCAUAGAUUGUGGUGAGAAGAAGUUAGUGUUUCCGAAUGAAGAAGAAGAGUUUUCAGUAACGCUCGGUCAAUUAAGGGAAGAUAUUAUGGACGGCGCGAGCUGUUAUCUGAUAAUGACGCAUGUGAACGAGAACUGUGAAGAAUUAAGUAACGAGAGAUCGUCUAGUAGCAAGCUGAGUGGAGGACGAUCGGUGGUGAAUGAAUUCCCGGACGUCUUUCCGGAUGAAGUACCUGGACUACCUCCUCCACACGAGGUAGAAUUUACAAUUGACUUGGUGUCGACAGUAGGGCUCAUCUCUAUUGCACCGUAUCGAAUGUCACUAGCAGAGUUGGUUGAACUCAAGAAGCAGAUUGAAGAAUUAAUGGAUAAGCAGUUCAUCAGGCCGAGUGCAUCACCUUGGGGAGCGCAUGUUCUCUUAGUAAAGAAGAAGGAUGACAGCUCUCGGCUCUGUAUCGAUUACAGGCAGUUAAACAAGCUGACCAUCAAGAAUAAGUACCCCUUGCCGAGGAUUGACGACCUAUUAGAUCAAUUGCAUGGGGCUACUGUAUUUUCGAAGAUUGAUUUGCGAUCGGGGUAUCAUCAAAUUCGGGUGAAGGAAGGGGACGUCCAGAAGACAGCCUUCCGGUCUCGUUACGGAUACUACGAGUAUGUAGUGAUGUCGUUCGGUGUAACGAACGCACCAGCGAUAUUCAUGGAUUACAUGAAUCGCAUCUUCAGGCCGUACCUAGACAAGUUCGUGGUCGUCUUCAUUGAUGAUAUCCUCAUCUACUCCAAGAGCUGUGAAGAACAUAAAGAACACUUGAGGAUGGUGCUGAGCGUAUUGAGGGAGAAAGAGUUGUACGCCAAGCUAUCUAAGUGUGAGUUUUGGAUGAAGGAAGUGCAGUUCUUGGGGCACGUGGUCUCUGUUGGAGGGAUCUUAAUGGAUCCGGCCAAGGUACAAGCGGUGUUGAAAUGGGAGAGUCCGCGUUCGGUCACUGAAGUCCGAAGUUUCAUGGGGUUGGCGGGCUACUAUAGAUGUAUCAUUGAAGGAUUUUCUAAGAUAGUAGUGCCAUUAACACAGCUGACCCGAAAGGAUCACCCGUUCGCCUGGACCGAUCGGUGUGAAUUGAGUUUCCAAGAACUAAAGCAGAAGUUGACGAGCGCUCCAAUUUUGGUCAUUCCUGACACGACCAAACCAUUCAAAGUCUACUGCGAUGCUUCUCAUCAAGGUUUGGGCUAUGUGCUUAUGCAAGAAAGAAGGGCGGUCGUGUACGCUUCUCGGCAGCUGAAGAUCCACGAGAAGAACUAUCAGACGCACGACUUGGAAUUGGCAGCGAGGAGGUGGCUUGAGUUCUUGAACGACUAUGAUUUUGAACUACUCUAUCAUCCAAGGAAGGCGAACGUUGUAGCGGACGCUUUGAGUAGGAAGGUAGUUCAUGUCUCGGCAAUGAUGGUCAAAGAGCUGAGUUUGGUGGAAAGCUUUAGAGACUUAAAGUUGCAGUUCGAUUUAGCACCGAACAGUAUUAGAUGCUGCAACCUUAGAGUAUCCACUGAUAUCUUUGACCAGAUCAGAGAGAAGCAAUCGGCGGAUGAAGACUUAGUAAAGAUCUUGGGCGCGCUCGGUUCAGACAAAGCAAAGUGCUUCAACACUGGAACGGACGGUCUCCUACGCUACAGAGAUAGGACGUGCGUUUCUAACGAUGGCGAGCUGAAGCGGAUUAUUCUUGAGGAAGAACAUCAUAGCCGUCUUAGCAUGCAUCCUGUGGAUCGGCUGACGAAGAGCGCACACUUCCUAGCUGUCAACCUGAAGAUGUCUAUGACGAACUUGGCUAAACUCUACAUCAACGAGAUAGUUCGUUUACAUGGAGUGCCUUCUAGCAUCAUCUCUGACCGAGACACAAGGUUUACAUCUCGGUUUUGGCAAUCCUUGCAAAGCGAGAUGGGUAGCAAACUCCAAAUGAGUUCAGCUUAUCAUCCGCAAACGGACGGGCAAUCUGAGAGGACCAUCCAAAUGCUUGAAGACUUGCUGAGGACGUGCGUCCUAGAUCACGUAGGUGUAUGGGAUGAAGUCUUGUCACUAGUGGAGUUCACCUACAACAACAGUUUCCAGUCCAGCAUCGGAAUGACUCCGUUUGAAGCUCUCUACGGGAGGAAGUGCCGAACGCCAUUAUGUUGGUUCUAG